CUUGGAGUGGAGCGUGUGAGAAACAAACCAACCUUGCUAUUUACUAGUCGGUCCUUUUUUGGUCUUCUGCUGUAUCCAUACACCCAUCCGAGCCCGAUGAAUAAAAUUCCCACAAGCAAAAUCUUUAGACAAGGUGUACUAAGUAGUCGUAAAUUAUAUAUAGAUUUCUCAUUUCAGUUUCUCUCAAAAAAUGGGCGUUCUGUAUAGCAUCACUCGAUGCUCUCUUCUUCCGGACAACUAGGACAACUCAAAAUUAACCUUUAUCUUACUAGCGCAGCGCCUGCAUGAUUUCCAUCUACAACAGUUCUUCUUUCAUAUGUUAAUCCUGUGAGGAACCUAUGAGAGCUUUUGCGACAACCAGGUUCGAUCGCACUCUCUCUAUCUAAACCUGUACUUGAAAGUUUUACCGAAUUUUUAGAAUCCUACAACUAGCUACGAUUUCUAAGAACGCGAUCGGGCUACGAAAAACUAGAACUACAACCCUAUUGCCAAUACAGCUAGUACUUUAAGUUUUGGAUUUUAGUUUGGAGGCCUCUCUUUGCGGGAUUGCUGUUUUGUUUGUCUCUUGACGAAGGAGGUGACAAGAACAAGAACAUUGUUGCACCAGCACGUCAUAUUCGCCAUACGAAUGUAAGCGAUAUCAACAUGCUCGUCGUGUCCAAUGGUUGUUAUAUUUAGAACUGUCUAGUUAAGAUUAAAGAACACUCGUAUUCAAGGAAAC